AUGGCUACCUCGAUGGCUACUACAAGAAAUUUGCUUUCUUUUUGUUAUUGUCACAGUUGGAGAGGGCUUGAAACAGGAAUAAAGGCACUUCCUGGCGCUAAAAUAUACCUCCCGUCUGCCGAAGUGAAGAAAUCCAGUAAUUCUAUAGCUGUGCUUACAGGAUGGGCCAUGAGUUCUCAUAGAGCCCUAGGAAAAUAUUCACAAAUAUACACAGAAUCAGGUAUACCCUCUCUCUGCCUCACUCCUAGUCUAUUGGAGCUAUGGAGCUCAAGAAAAGGAGACACAUUAACUCUAAAGAUCAUUGAUUAUUUAACAGGAAGCAAAGAACCAGAAGUUCCCGUUAAUGUUGUAUUCCACCUGUUUUCAGGCACACCAGGUAUCAUACUACCAGCUUUAACAAACCAGCUAUCAGCAGGUGGUUCUAACGUUAAUGUAAAAGGUAUCAUUAUUGAUAGUGGCCCAGUUGAAUUUAUAUACACGAGUGGAAAGAGAGCCCUUCAACUUGCAAAAUUGAAUAAAAUUGUUUAUUAUAUAGCUGGCUUGGGUGGAACGACAUUUGAUUUGUUAGUCGGAAGAAAGAAAAGGGCAGAACUGGUAGAAGCUAUGCACAGCCCAGCUCUCUCUUCUAUCCCUCAGCUGUAUCUUAAUUCAGAAUCUGACACAGUGUGCCCUCCAGAGAGAGUGAAACGUUUGGUUGAAGAACAGAGGAGAAUGGGUAGAGAUGUUCACCAUUUUUCAUGGAGUGACUCUCAGCAUGUUAGGCUUUAUCUUGACCACCCUGUUGAGUAUGAAUCACGAAUCGAAUCAUUUUUAAAGACAAUUAAACUUACCACUUGA